AUGGCAUCCGUUAAGGCGGCGGAUCUCACGUCCACUGUGGGCCGAAAAAGGCAUCUUCGCCUCUUGUUUCUGGUUCUGCUGGGAGUGUUUCUCCUAACCUCCGCCUCUCUGAAGGCUCAAGCCGGCGAAGAUGAUGGCGCGGACAGCACCGCGAGCCCCCCUGAGGACGACUCUGAAGACGUCUCUGUCGAGGAGAAUCCGACGGACGAGCUAGGAGCUCUUGCUGAGGACAACUGGAGCAGCAUUCUUGGAGCGGUCAAUAUCGAACCCGAGACUGGGAAGACCGACUCGCCGAAGCCGACUCGAGCCACGACGUCACCGACGCCGACUGCGGCCGCGACGCCGCCCAAGCCACCUGCGACGCCGCCCAACCCAUCCACGACCCCGCCAAAGCCACCUGCGACGCCACACAAGCCACCGGCGACCCCGCCCAAGCCACCUGCGACGCCGCCCAACCCAUCCACGACCCCGCCCAAGCCAGCUGCGACGCCGCCCAAGCCACCCGCGACCCCGCCCGAGCCACCGGCGACCCCGCCCAAGCCACCGGCGACCCCGCCCAAGUCACCUGCGACGCCGCCCAACCCAUCCACGACCCCGCCAAAGCCACCUGCGACGCCGCCCAAGCCACCUGCGACGCCGCCCAACCCAUCCACGACCCCGCCAAAGCCACCUGCGACGCCACACAAGCCACCCGCGACCCCGCCCAAGCCACCUGCGACGCCGCCCAACCCAUCCACGACCCCGCCCAAGCCACCUGCGACGCCACACAAGCCACCCGCGACCCCGCCCAAGCCACCUGCGACGCCGCCCAACCCAUCCACGACCCCGCCCAAGCCAGCUGCGACGCCGCCCAAGCCACCCGCGACCCCGCCCAAGCCACCGGCGACCCCGCCCAAGCCACCUGCGACGCCGCCCAAGCCAUCCACGACCCCGCCCAAGCCAUCUGCGACGCCGCCCAACCCAUCCACGACCCCGCCCAAGCCACCGGCGACGCCGCCCAAGCCACCGGCGACGCCGCCCAAGCCAUCCACGACCCCGCCCAAGCCACCGGCGACGCCGCCCAACCCAUCCACGACCCCGCCCAAGCCACCCGCGACCCCGCCCAAGCCACCCGCGACGCCGUCAGCGCGAGAUGCAGCAAGGCCCCGGGCGCCGAAGAGCCAGCCGCCUCUUCCGACUCUGGCGAAUCUUUUGGGUGAAUCUCCGAUGCCCUCUCGGAACGGCGCGGCAGAUAACAAGACCGGCGCUCUGCUGGAGCAGCUUGUUUCCAUGCUGCAAGAAGCAGAUGACCUCUCUGGGCUCGCGUACGAGGAACAAGUCGAGGAAGACGAGGACGAGGUGCUGGCUGAGACCAUCAUCCACGGCACCAAGAAAAAGACCGUGCCACGCAUAAGGACAGCCGUGGACGAGCUGGUGGACGAGAUCGAGAAAGAGAAGAUUCGCAAGAUGGCGAAGACUCAGAGGCAGUACCGAGUCCUGUUGGACCGCAAGGCUGCGCGAGACAAGCGCGCAGCCGCCGCGGCUACACCGCUCCCUGAAUACUUCAAAAAGCUUGCUGAAGCCGCCGCCCAGCACCACAGGGCUCUUGAGCAGGCGCGGCGGCAGUCCCGCGCGGGCAAGCCGCAGUCCGUUGCUCAGGCCCGCAUGCAAAAGCGUGCGCGCCGCAGAGAGCAGAAAAACAAACUCAUAACGUGGCGUGAUAUGCAGUUCAGCCAAGUCGUCCGGACACCGCCCCAGCGGAAGGAGCACAUCGCGUCGACGAGGAGAGAAAGCAAAGACCUCGAGAAGAUGCUCGACGACGAUAUCGACCUCAGCGAAUGGGGCUUCGCCGAUGACGACGGAGCGAACCAGUCGUCGUCCGCUGAAAAACCCGUGAAGAGGGAUAGCGAGUGA